GCGUUCUCUACUCGAAAUCAACCGCUUCACCCGUUUGACGUCGGGAACAAGGGGAUUGCUCUCUUCUAGCUCCUAGGCUUUGCUCCUCGCUCAGAUCUGAAGACAUUUCUUUGUAUUUGACUUGUCUGGCUCGACAUUGUUCACACUCUGGGACCCUUUCUUGUUAUUCUGCUUUCUCUUCUGGUCGAAUAAAGAUAAAAGGAUGGCCUUCUGCUGCCUUAAGCUUCAUUCUUCAGCUUUGUGCUGUGGUCAGAGCAUCUCUCUCUUACCCUUGUGUUGUCUAGAGUCUUUGAGACGGCCUCGCUCUGCUUUACCUAGUCAUCCCUCAGCCCAGUCAUCAGAUUGCCGUGUUUUUGAGCUACAUGCGCGCAAUAUAAACAGGAGGCAUGGCAUGCGGCACUUUUUGAGCAAAAUCGACAGCAUGUCGCGCCAUUGUCGCCCUUGUCGUCCUCAUUGAGGUAUCCGCAUUUUUCUACGCAUUGCGCACAUGACUUUAUGUGCCAUUGCUCCUGAUCUGCGGGCGCUUUUGGCGUGAG